AUGUCGAGUCGACGCCUGUUCUCCAAUGGUAGUCGCCCCCGCGGUCGCCCGAGCGUUGCAUCAUCUUCGAGCGCCCAACCGAACAACGCGCCCGUCGAGCUGCCAGAGUACGAACCACCAUCAUGCCCUCUCGAUGCUAAGUCGCGGCAGGCCCUCGCAGAACUGUCAAACGACCAGGACACGCGCAAAUACUCUGAUCAUAUCGCCAAGUCGUUGGAAUUUCUUAAAAAGAGCGUCGGCGCAAUCAACGAUCGCUAUGCGGAUCGCAAAGACGAUCUCCAGAAAGUGCAAUCGAAACGUCGGGAGAAGGGCGACGACGCGGGCGAGAAAACGGAUCAGGAGCGCGCUCUGGAAGAGGCUGUCGCGGCGCUGCGAGCUGAGGUCCCCGAGUUAACCACCAACAGUGACAUGGCUGUCAGAGAACUCAUCGACUGGCAAGGUGAUCUCCAGGAUGGUAAAAGCGCGAUGGAGGAGGUGAAGCGCAAGGUGGAACACGAAAGUGCGAAUGCAGUGCUAGCGCAGGCAAGGGCCGUUGACGAUGAAGAUGAAGAAGCCAAUGAAUCACCCGAUAUCACGGGGCCUCUGCGUUUCCUCGCGGAAGAGAAGGAGAAACUGGCGAACGACUACUACGCCAAGACUGCCUACGAACGAUAUGGACUGCACAACGACUAUAUAGCCUUCAAGAAGGUCUGGCACGACUCUAUCCACGGCAAAGAGGGGAAGCCGUUGCCAAAUGCCGCGAGAUGGUUCAAUGACGACGAAGAAGGGGGUGAGGAAGACGCUGAUGAAGAUGUCGUGAUUUCCGAGGAGGUCGUGGAUCUGAGAUGUCCCUUGUCCAUGCAAAUCAUGAAGGAGCCGUACACGUCGCGGAAUUGCAAGCACACGUACGAGAAGGCCCAUAUAUACGGAUACCUCAAUCCGCAUCCCAACAAAACGACGCAGUGUCCACAGACUGGUUGCAACAAGAUGGUAUCGAAGAGCGACUUAUACCUUGAUGAGAUCAUACUUCGGAAGAUCAAGAGAGCACAAGCACGAGAGAACGAUAGAGAUUCGGAAGAGGACGAUGAUGUCGCUGACGGGGAUGGCGAUAGCAUGCAAGUGACACAAGAGCGGCAAAUCAAGUCUGAGAGACGGGAGCGAGGCCGGCGGCAAAUAGUGGACGAUGCUGAGGACGAAUAG